AUGGGCCCGCCGCUGCCGCCUCACCCGCCCUCACCGCGCUUCCGACUCUCCCAGGCCACACUGCGCAGCGCCGGCCGCCGGGCCAUGUGCGUGCCGCGGGCCGCCCCACGGAUCUCCGAAAGGGGGGGUGUCCACGCCCUGAAGCUCGCAUUGUGCCCGGAAGGGGCCGGGGGCCGCAAGUGUUUCCACCGAGGACCACGACAGGGCGCCCACGACAAGUAUGUGCUUAAGGCGCGGCUCCACGGCUGCUGGGCUCAAGCCACUAACCCCCUGGGAGCCCCCACCCCCCCGCCUGUGGGACUGGGUGGUCUCGUCCAACAUGGCAGCCACUCCCUUCCUUCUCCCGUCGGGCGCUGCGCUGAUGGACUAAACUAUCUGCGACGCCGCGGGGAAGCACAAGGAACCGGCUUAGUCACUGAAACGCAACACAUAACUCAGAAGUAUAUACUGGAAAACACUACGAGUUCAACAAGCUAUCUUGGUUGUGAUAUCUUCGCCUUCCAUCAAACGCUUCGCUUACAUUAGUAAGUUAACCCCCUCUCCGUAUCGGCUUUUAGAGUCUUCGACUGGGCAAAAGAACGGACGAUUCCAAAAUAUAAAAGGAGCUCCUGGCAAUCCAGAGGUGGCCAGCACACCUGGAAAGACGACUGCCUGGCGCGAUACCAAAAUGACGACUUGCCAGCACCCCAGGUCAGUGAACGGAAGGACCUGCACCCCACUCGAAUGCAGAUGCCGCAGGGGAACCCGCUGCUGCUCUCGUGCACCCUGCAGGAGCUGCUGGCCAGGGACACCGUGCAGGUGGAGCUCAUCCCUGAGAAGAAGGGCCUCUUCCUGAAGCAUGUGGAAUAUGAGGUUUCCAGCCAGCGCUUCCGGUCUUCCGUGUACAGACGGUACAACGACUUUGUGGUCUUCCACGAGAUGCUGCUGCAGAAGUUCCCCUACCGCAUGGUGCCGGCCCUGCCACCCAAGAGAGUGCUGGGAGCCGACCGAGAGUUCAUCGAGGCCCGGCGGAGGGCCCUGAGGCGCUUCAUUAACCUGGUAGCCCGGCACCCCCCGUUCUCCGAGGACGUGGCCCUGCGCCUGUUCCUGUCCUUCAGUGGCCCGGACGUGCAGAACAAGUUGAAGGAGUCUGCUCAGUGUGUCGGAGACGAAUUCAUGAGCUGUAAGCUGGCUCCUCGGGCCAAGGACCUCCUCCCAGCCGACAUCCAGACUCAGUUUGCUGUCAGCCGUGAGCUCAUUCGGAACAUCUACAACAGCUUCCACAAGCUCCGAGACCGGGCCGAGCGGAUCGCAUCGAGGGCCAUCGACAAUGCUGCGGACCUCCUUGUCUUCGGGAAGGAGCUGAGUGCUUUAGGGUCUGACACGACCCCGCUCCCCUCUUGGGCCACUCUGCACAGUAGUACGUGGGGCUCCCUUAAACAGGCACUGAGAGGCCUGUCCGUUGAAUUUGCACUGCUCGCCGACAAGGCCGCCCAGCAGGGCAAACAGGAAGAGAAUGACGUGGUAGAGAAGUUGAACCUCUUCUUGGAUUUGCUGCAGUCGUAUAAAGAUCUGUGCGAGCGGCACGAGAAGGGUGUGCUGCACAAGCACCAGCGAGCCCUGCACAAGUACAGCCUGAUGAAGAGGCAGAUGAUGAGGCUUGAGGCCCGGGGUGGCACCGCGUGGUGUGCGCCGGGCCGGGUGCAAGCGUGCCUACUUCGUCCACAGCAAGAGAAUGCGAUCCAGACGAUGGAGCUCAGGGGAUACUUCGCCCUGUACUGCCUGCACCAGGAGAUGCAGCUGGUCCACGUCUACCUGCCCCUCACCUCCCACAUCCUCGGUGCCUUUGUCAACUCACAGAUCCAAGGGCACAAGGAGAUGAGCAAGGUGUGGAACGACCUGAAGCCCAAGCUAAACUGCCUCUUUGCCGGACCCAGCGGCUCCCCGACUCAGCCGAGGCCCCUGCAGGACGGCGUGUCCCCUCACUAGUGCCAGACGCCUGGGGCGGGAGCUCUGGGCGGCCUCACUAAAAUCUCUUUCCAAAUGGCGUGUUCCUGUUUAAUUCCCUUCAGAUAGUGGCUGCCCCCCACCCACCAUGGGGUCCCCCAUGUCAGGCUGACCCUCAGGCCGGGUGGGGCUGGGGUUAGGAUGCUCCCCUUGUGGGAGGUGGGGCUGAGGGUGUGACCCCAGGCCUCUGAGCAUCCAGGGAGGCCAGAGGCCACCCCCGCCUGUGAGCCUGGUGGUCAAGGAUUCAGGCUCCCCAGAAAGGUUUUCUCGGAUCCCGGGAGGUCAGGGCGGUAAGGAUGGCUUCCACACAUUAGGUGCCUGGGGGCCUGUGCAGGGGCCCCUGUGAGUUUGGAGGGUCAGGAGGGUCUGGGCCACUGACCAUGGAGAGUGAGGAUGGGACCUCUGUGUCAGAUGUGAUGUGACCAUACCUGAGGGACCGGUCAGUGAGAGGGUGGACGAUGAGCUAAGGCCAGCAGGCAGCCCUGGACAGGUGUGUGUAUGGCGGGGCCUGGGGUCAUGUGUGCACAGAUGGUGUCCAUCUGGAGGGGACAGGCCUAGGUCAGUGCCACAGGGCCCUGGUCUGGGCUGGCGUCUAUGGUGAAGUGUCCUGUGUCCCUCCCUCAUACUAUGGCCCUGUCGUGUGCCCCCUGGUCUGCGGUGCUUGGGACAGGUGAAGUGGUGCUUCUGCUGUCUGUCCCCCUGUUCCCCCACAGCACCAGCUGUGUCCUCAUGGUUGCUGGGAGGCCCGUCUUUGGAGGCGGCAGCUUGCGUGGAGGGCUGGAAGGGCAGAGGGCAGGCGGACCACGUUCCAGCUGGGGUCUGGAAGGGGGGGGGGUCUGUGUGGCUGUCACUGAUCCCCUUGUUUUAGGAGGUGCUCAGAGCCUCUUUCCUCAUUCCAGGCGGUCUUGGAGGGGAUCUGUUCUGGGAACUCUGGGGUCAGCGUGUGCCUGGGGCCUCUAAGCACUUCCUGCUCUGAAUCCCUCUUAUGUAAACACCACAGGGCCAGGGCGGUGGCACCUUCCUCCUGGGCCUGGAACCCUCUGAGCUCCCUGCCCCGGGCCCGAGCAGGGUUCUGACUGCACUGUGGGAUUCCGGAGAUUCUUACAUGGGGGGUGGUGGACACUCCAGGGGCUUUCAGAGUCUGAAGGCAGGUGUGUGUCCUCACACAGGGGUGUCCUGCACCCUGGACAGGUGGGCUUCCCCGAGGAGCUCUAGCAUAUCACCCCUUGGGGGGGAAGUAUUUUUUAGGCCCAGGCAGAUACCUGCGUCUCCCCAUGGGUGGGUUCUUCUGUGCCCCACACAGCCCGAGGCCCCGGGACUGUGGCACGUGCCUUCGUGUACUGAGAAGGGGCAGUGUACCCCCAGAGCCCGGCAGGCAGGGGCACUGUUCAGUCACUGGGCCGGGCUUGUGUUCUGCUCCCCAUCUGGAGAAGUGGGUUCUCAGGCACCGGUGGAUCUGUGCUGCACCCCCCACCCCGGUGCUGUGUAUACUUGAGCCAUAGGCCUGACCUCCAAGCCUCCUGUUCCCUCCUCUGUUGGCUGCUGCCCACGUGCCUGCCUCGGCCUGCAGGAACAGGUGACAGUGUCAAGCUGGGAAGACACCCAGAGCAGGCCCCAUCAUGCACGCAGUGAGUGCUGGGGGCACAUGUGGGCAUCAGCGUGGAAGUCGGGAGGGCUGGCGUGGGGAGGGUCCCUCAGGGCAUGUGGAGGCCCGCCUCUCCCAGGCCAAAAAGGAGAAUUCCAGCACCAAAGACUUCACGUGUGCUUUUUGAAGAAGAUUUUCCCCAUCAGCUCUGUGUUCCUGGCAGCCUCUCCCUGCGGUGGAAGGAGCUAGAGGCGGCUGCUCUUGGCUGCAGCUCUGGCCAAGGCUUUCAAGGCUUACCUGGAGGGGCAUUUCCGUGUCCAUCCCCUCCCUCCCCAGCCCCUGCAAGGAGGUCAGCACAUGGGAGAGACUUGCUGGGGACGUGUGAUGGAGUCAUGUCCUUCCUGUACCUGUCAGCUGGGGACAGUAGAAGCCACCUUUGGUCCCCCACAACGCCUUCUUCCUGGCCAUGGUCCAGGGCUGCUGGAUUCUGAGGCAGUGGUGUGGGAGGAGGGCCAGGCUGCCUGCAGCUCUGGGGCGGGGAGUGCAGGGGCACCCUAGCUUGCCUCUGCUGCCCUGGCAGUGACCGCGGAAGGGACACCACAGCCUUGCCUGGUCUCCCACGGCCUGCAUUGUCCCAGUGCCACAGGGACAGAGCCCAACCCCGAAUCUGCAAGGCUGGAGGGGACCCUGGCCCGGGUGUGUGCCUUCACCAACAUCCCUCCAGCCUAGGCCCAGUGCGCUCAGGGGUGACCUGCAGAUGCGGUGUCGGGUAUGGGCCUGCCGGAAUCUGCACAGGCUGAGGUCGGACUGGUUUUGUCUGCAUUCGAGCCCCUUUGUCUCUUCGUGAUGUGGUUCUGUGUGUGGAGCACUUAACAAGGCUGUAGGCGUCAAUUACUACACUAAUAAAUGAGUUGUUCAUAAA